GCCCGUACAGGGUGCUGAGGAGGAUCAACCCGGUUUCUUAUUUGCUGGACCUGCCCCCUACUCUACGCAUCCCUAACUCUUUUCAUGUGUCUUUAUUGAAACCUCUUGUUUGUAACAAAUUUUCCUCCAGCUCUGCUCCUCCAUCCUCGGUCCGUGUGGAUGGUCAGGAAGAAUAUAUCAUUAGGUCCAUCCUGGAUUCUCGUAUUUCUAGGGGGAAAUUGCAAUACCUCAUAGACUGGAAAGGUUAUGGUCCAGAAGAGAGGUCUUGGGUUCCUGGUAUAGACGUGCAUGCUCCUCGUCUUCUUCGGGCCUUCCACGUUCGUUUUCCUUCUAAGCCCGGUCCCAUCCGCCCGGUGGGCGUUUCUAGAAAGGGGGGUACUGUCAGGGUACCUGUUGGUGCUGAAUCCAGGGAAGACAUCCUCUCUGUUUAGGGGCUCCCUGCCCCUAGCAUUUCGGCAUAUUCCGGCCGUUUUCGCGCCGGCCGCGCUAGCUCCUCCCCCUUUUAUGACGCGACGGCUAGCGUCGACGUCAUGACGUCAGCAUUACGUGAAGUGCCGGGAACCGCUAUUCCGGACCUUUUUGGGGGCGUGGUCUCAAUUAAGGUGACAGGGUAUUUAAAGGAAACCUUUACUACUGCUCAUUGCCCUGUCGUGGUUCUAGCUUGCUAGUCACUCAGCGCGUUCUCUCUCUUGUGUUUUCGGUUUUGACCUUGCUUGUCUUUUGUUCUGUUGUCCUCUCCUCUCCUUUGACUCGGCUUGUAUCUCGCUUACCUGUCCUCCGGCUCCCUCGACCUCGGCUUACCUUUUGACUAUUCUUGUUUUGUCCAUACGUUAGGCCGGCCAUUCUAAGGUCCGGUAUACGUACCUCCUUCUGUCCGCACUCUGCGUAUUGGAUCCCUGUCAGUAUCCUGACAAUUCUGUCACGAUUUGUUGUUUCCUCUACCUGCCCCAUUAACCUCUUGGGUGCUGAUGUUCUGUCCCGUCUCCAGGCAUCUAUUACCUUUACUGCAGAUGGCCAAGUUCAGCUAAACACACCUUUAUCACGAAAGGAUACUUCAGCGCUUUGCUCCCUCCCAUUACUGUUACACUUAGAAUCUCCUGCAGGGGAAACAACGGUCCCUCAUGCCCCCAGUGCUCUGGACAGGAUCCCCAUCAAGCUCUGGUCUACUGGCCAUGAUGAUAUUGGCCGCCUCAAAGUUCCUCCUGUUGUGGUCUCGCUCUUGCCCGGAGUUACCCCUCCCAGAAGGCCCCAGUACCCCCUGAAACCUGCUCAAGCCUCUGCCAUCUCCAAACAGGUGGAAAGCCUUCUAGCCAAAGGGGCCCUUGUCAAAUGUGCAUCACCAUGCAAUACCCCUUUGUUUCCUGUCAAGAAAAAGACUGAAAAGGGUCAGCCUGACCAGUACCGAAUGGUUCAAGACCUACGUGCUGUUAAUGAUGUUACUGUCAAAGAUUCAGCUGUUGUUCCAAACCCCCACACAUUACUGUCACAGGUUCCACCCUCUGCCACAGUUUUCACAGUUGUGGACCUUGCUAAUGCCUUUUUCAGUGUUCCUCUGGACCCAGCUUGCCAAUAUCUUUUUGCUUUCACACAUGAGGGCCAACAAUAUACUUGGACUGUUAUGCCCCAAGGUGCUCAGAAUUCACCUACCCAGUUUGCCCACGCUAAGUCACUAGUCCUGGAACCCUGGCAAAAGACACACACUGAUGUGGUGUUGCUCCAAUAUGUUGAUGACCUCCUCCUCUGUGCUGAUGAUAUCCAAACUGCUGAACGAGUCUCAGAAGAUCUCCUCUGUUUCCUCGCUGAGGCAGGCUGCAAGGCCUCGAAAUCUAAACUCCAAUGGUGCUGGCCCUCAGUGGUCUUCUUGGGACAUUGCCUCUCCCAUGGCACCCGUCACCUUACAAAAGGAUAGGAUCCUGGCUAUCCUGAACUUACCUAUCCCUUCUACACACCAAGCUCUUCAUGCUUUUUUGGGCCUGAUUACUUAUUGCAGAUCCUGGAUUCCUGACGCCUCUCAGCUCAUGCAGCCACUGUAUGAUGUCUUGAAACAUGAUCCUUUCUCAUUAUCACCACAUGCACUUGACUGUUUCACUUCCCUGAAGAAGGCUAUUGCCUCUGCCCCGGGUCUGCCAAACUACCAGUUGCCCUUUAAACUGUUUGUGUCUGAAAGACUGGGCCACGCUUCCGGGGUUCUCACUCAGCAACAUGGCUCCAGACAAAGACCUGUUGGCUACUUUUCCUGCAUGCUUGAUCAUGUUGCCAGAGGCAGCCCUUCUUGUCUCCGAGCAGUAUUUGCUGCCAGUGCACUCCUGGACAAGACUAAUGCCUUUGUUCUUGGGCAUUCUCUCACCGUACUGGCUCCACAUGAUAUCUCUGCAAUUCUCCAACAAACACAACCUCGACAUCUUUCCUCUCAACGUCAUUUGAGACUGCAAACCUCAUUGUUGCUACCAGACAAUGUUACUCUACAACGCUGCUAUUCACUGAACCCUGCCACCAAGGGGGGAGUGGCACAACACUGGUACAGCUUGGACAUCAACCCAGAUGCUCCAAUGGAGUUCCAGCUACCCACUGUUACAAUUCCUCAUGAUCAACAAUCAGAAAAUAUGUUACAUUGCACCUUAUGGUUUAAAGACACUCCAGGCCCCGAUGUGGAUUAUGAAGAAGAACUUGUCAGGAUUACUGUUUGAUCCAGCACGUAGAACUGUACAGCACGGAUGACAAAUAAGUAACGUAUUACCGGUCCUUAGAAUGGCCGGAUUUAACGUACAAAGAAUAGUCAAAAAUACUAGCCGAGGUCAGGGAACAGAGAAAGGGACACAGCGAUGAGGAAAGCCAGGAGUCAGGAUACCAGAAUAUAGAGAAGUCAAUAAACAAAGCCAAAGUCAAAAACCAGGUAGAAAACUAUAAACAGGAACGCGCUCUCGGACAACUACAAGGGAAACCACGACAGGGCACUGAGCAGGCUGAGAACUGGGCCUAAAUACCCCUCCUUUAGUUCUGAUAGGCUGUAACCGGCCUUUGACCCCAAAGUCAGUUACCAGGUUUCAUUUGCAUAAUUGCUGCUCAGCAUUAACCCUUCUGUGGAUUAGGUUGCUGCUCGGAACAACUUUUCCUGUGUGGACAGUAAAUGUCAUUAACCACAUUUCUAUAAGCGGAUGAAUAUGUGACAGAACUAUUCCAACAGAUUGAAAUUCACAUCACAUUGACAGACCUGUUGUGGGACUCUAGAUGCAACAUGCUCCUACUGGUACAUCUUCCAGCAAGGAUGUCUCAUCUCUACCGCCAUUGGGAAACGGCUGUUCCCCAUAUUUCUCUCACCAAGUCCCCUGACAACCUAUGGCAAGAUCUUGGCCCAAUGGCCAAAUCCUGGAGCACUAUGACUCAAGAACAACUUGAUUCAUCAGGAAUCACUAAAAGAAUCAUCAAUUGUAAUACAGCAGGGUUUCCUCGACAUCACACAGAAAUCUGUGAAGACCUCCCGCCUAUGGAACAGGAUCCAGAGGCCCCUCAUGAUUGCUUUGAACAAAUGAAGAUGGAAACUACCCACUUACCAACCGUACAUGAAGUAGCCCUACCAAACCCAGACCAGACAUUGUUUGUAGACGGUUCUAGAUUUGCUGAUGAACAAGGGCAAUAUCACACUGGAUAUGCAGUUACCACAAAAUGCCAAAUAUUGCAAGCAGCCGCACUUCCAUUAACCAAGCUCUCAGACAACCACAAGGGAAACCACGACAGGGCACUGAGCAGGCUGAGAACUGGGCCUAAAUACCCCUCCUUUAGUUCUGAUAGGCUGUAACCGGCCUUUGACCCCAAAGUCAGUUACCAGGUUUCAUUUGUAUAAUUGCUGCUCAGCAUUAACCCUUCUGUGGAUUAGGUUGCUGCUCGGCACAACUUUUCCUGUGUGGACAGUAAAUGUCAUUAAUCACUUUUCUCUAAGCGGAUGAAUACAUGACACCAGGUUUCAUUUGCACAAUUACUGCUCAGCAUUAACCCUUCUGUGGAUUAGGUUGCUGCUCGGCACAACUUUUCCUGUGUGGACAGUAAAUGUCAUUAACCACAUUUCUAUAAGCGGAUGAAUAUGUGACAUUACCCCCCACCUGAAGAACGCCCACCGGGCGGACAGGACCAGGCUUGAGAGGAAAUUUAGCGUGAAAAGCGCGGAUCUUACGGCCCGCAUGCAGGUCAGGAGCCGAAACCCAAGAACGAUCAGCAGGACCGUAACCUUUCCAAACAACCAAGUACUGUAAAGUGCCCCGAGAAAACCUAGAAUCCACGAUAGAAGAUACCUCAUACUCUUCCUGACCACCCACCACCACCGGAGGGGAGGAACACAAGGAACAGUAUAUCUAUUGCAGACAAGAGGUUUGAGUAAGGACACAUGAAAAGUGUUGGGAAUCCCUAAAGAUGCAGGAAGAGCCAGAGAGUAAGACACUGGAUUGAUCCUACGAAGCACUCUAUAGGGACCAAGGAAUCUGGGGGCAAACUUCAUGCUAGGGACCUUAAGCUUGAUGUUGCGAGAUGACAACCAAACCCGGUCCCCCACUUGGUACACCGGGUUGGCACUCCUACGCUUAUCAGCAAAAUGUUUGAAGCGUUCAGCAGCAGCCCCUAGAGCAGUUUGAACCUUAACCCAGGUAUCCCGAAUGGAGGCCAGACGCUCAUCCAGAGCAGGAAUGGCAGUAUCAGAAAAUACCGCAGGGAGAACCGUAGGAUGCCUACCAUUAUUGACAAAAAAUGGACUGUGCCCAGAGGAGUCAUGAACAGCAUUGUUUCUAGCGAACUCGGCCCACGGGAGUAGUUCGGACCAAUUGUCUUGUGUGCUAUUAAUAAAACAACGCAAAUAAACUUCUAAUGACUGGUUAGCCCUCUCAGCUGUACCAUUGGUCUGUGGAUGGUAGGAGGAGGAGAAGGAGAGAUCAAUCCCCAAUUGUUUACUGAACGCCCUCCAGAACCUGGACACAAACUGAGAGCCCCUAUCAGACACAAUAUUGUGGGGAUGCCAUGCAAACGGACAAUUUCACGUAUGAAAAUUAGGACCAAAUCUUGCGAAGAUGGCAACUUCUUGAGAGGAAUGAAGUGAGCCAUCUUAGAAAAUCGGUCUACAACCAUGAGAAUAGUAGUGAACCCAGCAGAGCUAGGAAGCUCAACAAUAAAGUCCAUGGAUAAGUGGGACCAUGGAAUCUCAGGAACAGGAAGAGGCUGCAACAGGCCACAAGGAAGUGCAUGAGUCACCUUAGAAACUGCACACACAGAACAUGCCUGCACAUACUCCUUUACAUCUUUCCUGAGUGAAUCCCACCAAAAUGAUCUAGUGAUCGCGGCAGUGGACUUAUUGAUGCCCGGGUGUCCAGCAGUUAUAUUGUCAUGGAACACUUUCAUGAUAUUAACCCUUUCACAUAGGGGAACGAACAGUUUAUCACACGGUUUACCACUGGGCGCCUGAGGCUGGGCCUCCAGUAUGGUGCCAAGCAGUGGAGAAGACAGUGAGAGGACAGUAGUAGCAAUAAUACACUCUGGUGGAAUAAUAGGAGAUGUCACCUGUUCCGGAGCUGACUCAUUAUCAAAUUGCCUGGACAAGGCAUCAGCCUUGGUAUUUUUAGAACCAGGUCUAUAAGUAAUGAGAAAGUUAAAACGUGAAAGGAACAGUGACCAUCUAGCCUGUCUGGAAGACAAACGUUUGGCAUCCCCUAUAUAUGCCAGAUUUUUGUGGUCGGUUAUGAUCAACAGGGGGUCCUUGGAACCCUCCAAAAGAUGUCGCCACUCCUUGAGGGCAAGAAUAAUGGCCAACAGUUCUCUAUUGCCAAUAUCAUAGUUGUGCUCAGCAGGAGACAUCUUUCUGGAGAAGUAGCCACAAGGAUGCAAUGGUGUUCCCUGGCUUUCUCUCUGAGAGAGAACAGCCCCUACCCCUGUCUCGGAUGCAUCAACCUCCAAUAUAAAGGUUUACUGGUGUCAGGAUGUUUUAGUAUGUCCGCAGAGGCAAAUCUUUGUUUAAGAGUCUCAAAAGCAUUCACAGCCUCUUUGGACCAUACCGUGCUACUAACCCCUUUGCGAGUCAUAUUUGUGAUUGGGGCUAUUACAGAAGAAAAUCCCUUGAUGAAUCUUCUGUAAUAGUUGGCAAAACCAAUAAACCUUUGAAUGGCUUUUAAACCAGAGGGUAAUGGCCAGUGUAGUACAGCCUCUAGUUUUUUAGGAUCCAUUUGAAAUCCCGAUGCAGAGAUGUUGUAACCCAAAAAGUGGACUUCAGGCUGGUCAAAUAUGCACUUUUCUAAUUUACAAUAAAGUUUAUUUUUCAACAACGUCUGCAGAACCUGUUUCACAUGGGAGUGGUGAGUUUGAAGAUCAGGGGAAUACACCAAAAUAUCGUCCAAAUAAACCAAGACAAAUGAGUAAAUGAAUUCCCUGAGUACAUCAUUUAUAAAGUCUUGGAAUACGGCCGGGGCGUUGCAUAACCCAAAUGGCAUUACCAGAUAUUCAUAGUGUCCACUACGGGUAUUAAAUGCCGUCUUCCACUCAUGAUUCUCUUUAAUUCUAACCAAAUUGUAAGCGCUCCUAAGGUCAAGCUUAGUAAAUACUUUAGCUCCCUGAAGUCUAUCGAACAAUUCGGAAAUGAGUGGAAUAGGGUAUGCAUUUUUUACAGUGAUUUUAUUAAGUGCCCUGUAGUCUAUGCAAGGGCGUAACUCACCACCCUUUUUCUCAACAAAAAAGAAUCCUGCACCAGCUGGUGAGGAUGACUUUCUUAUGUGCCCUUUGCUCAAGGAUUCUUUGAUGUAUUCCUCCAUUAUUUUACUCUCCUGGGGAGAUAAGGCAUAAACUGCCCCCUUAGGUGGCAUAGCGCCUGGAAACAGGUUAAUGGCACAGUCAUAUGCUCUGUGGGGAGGCAAUACAUCGGAUUGAGCCUUGUUAAACACCUCCUGAAGUUCUCGGUAUUGUAUGGGAACUCCAGGAGUUUGGGGAGUGGUAGUGGGAAGGUCAAUAGUAUCCAAUCUCUUUAGUACUGGUUUUAUACAUCUCCCCAUACACUCUUUACCCCAUUCUAAUAUCUCCCCAUUAGCCCAGUCAAUAUAGGGAUUGUGCUUACUCAGCCACGGAAACCCUAAUAUGAUAGGACAUGAUGGAGAAGUAAUAACCUGAAACGUCAUCUCCUCCCUAUGGGAGGCCCCAAUGGAGAUCGUAAUAGGGACAGUUUCGUGGGUUAUAAGCGGUUGUGUGAGUGGUCUACCAUCAAUAGCCUCUACAGCUAGCGGCGUAGGUCUCUCCCUGACCGGUAUCUCAUUACCCCUAAUAAACUGGACAUCAAUAAAAUUUCCAGCAGCACCUGAGUCCAUUAGGGCACUGCAAGAAAACUUCUUGUUAUCAAUGGAAAUAGAUACCUCAAGGAGGAAUCUACUUUUGUUUUUGUUAGAGGACAACUCCAUCACACCUAAGAUCUGUCCCCUUAAGGUUCUUAGGUGCGGAAGUUUUCCGGACGCACUGGACAAUUAGUUAUCAUAUGUCCCUUUCUACCGCAAUAUAGGCAUAACCCCUCCCUUCUCCUAUACUGUUUUUCGGCCUCUGACAGUCUAGUGACCCCCAACUGCAUAGGUUCGGGUUCGGACUGUACAGGGAGGUUAGACAAAACAGGUUUAGAGAAUUGAGGUGCUAGGGACAUAGCCAUACGUCUGGUCUUGCUUCUGGUGACUUCUCUGAGUCUUAACCUAUUAUCAAUAUGCAUGACAAACGUAAUAAAUUCGUUAAGACUCUUAGGUAAUUCUUUAGCGGCUAUCUCAUCUAGUAUAGUCUCUGAGAGACCCUUUUUGAAUGCUGAGAUUAACCCAUUGUUAGUCCAGUCUACCUCGGAAGCUAAGGUACGGAAUUCAAUAGCAUAAUCCGAGAUAGACCUUGUCUGAUGUGCAUUAGGGCAGUGGAGGCGUCAUCCUCUCUACCCAAUGGCUCAAACGUGAGCUUGAAUUCGGCAAGGAAUUCCUGGUAAUUAUGAGCUAUGCUCCGAUUACUCUCCCACAACGGAUUAGCCCAGGCAAGGGCCUUGCCCUUUAAUUGAUUCAUUAGAUAACCAAUUCUUGCUCUGUCCGUGGGGAAUGACCCUGGUGAGGCCUCAAAAUGGUACUCCACCUGAUUAAGAAAACCCCUGCAUUCCUGGAUAUUGCCAUCAAACUGUAGGGAUGGUGAUAAGGAGAUGCAAGGAGUCCUAUUAACAGUGGGUGGAGGUACACAGGGUAGAGGUGCUAUAGGAGGAGACGCUGCAGGCUGCAGAUGCUCCGUUCUAGCGAGAAGCGUACUUAAAGCCUGAGUGAAUUGAUCCAUGCGGUGAUCAUUCUUCUCUAAUUUCCUCUCACAAGCAGCUAUGUGCUGACACAGUUCUACAGGAUCUAUGGCCAUGUCGUAAUGUCAGGAUUACUGUUUGAUCCAGCACGUAGAACUGUACAGCACGGAUGACAAAUAAGUAACGUAUUACCGGUCCUUAGAAUGGCCGGAUUUAACGUACAAAGAAUAGUCAAAAAUACUAGCCGAGGUCAGGGAACACAGAAAGGGACACAGCGAUGAGGAAAGCCAGGAGUCAGGAUACCAGAAUAUAGAGAAGUCAAUAAACAAAGCCAAAGUCAAAAACCAGGUAGAAAACUAUAAACAGGAACGCGCUCUCGGACAACCACAAGGGAAACCACGACAGGGCACUGAGCAGGCUGAGAACUGGGCCUAAAUACCCCUCCUUUAGUUCUGAUAGGCUGUAACCGGCCUUUGACCCCAAAGUCAGUUACCAGGUUUCAUUUGCAUAAUUGCUGCUCAGCAUUAACCCUUCUGUGGAUUAGGUUGCUGCUCGGAACAACUUUUCCUGUGUGGACAGUAAAUGUCAUUAACCACAUUUCUAUAAGCGGAUGAAUAUGUGACAGAACUAUUCCAACAGAUUGAAAUUCACAUCACAUUGACAGACCUGUUGUGGGACUCUAGAUGCAACAUGCUCCUACUGGUACAUCUUCCAGCAAGGAUGUCUCAUCUCUACCGCCAUUGGGAAACGGCUGUUCCCCAUAUUUCUCUCACCAAGUCCCCUGACAACCUAUGGCAAGAUCUUGGCCCAAUGGCCAAAUCCUGGAGCACUAUGACUCAAGAACAACUUGAUUCAUCAGGAAUCACUAAAAGAAUCAUCAAUUGUAAUACAGCAGGGUUUCCUCGACAUCACACAGAAAUCUGUGAAGACCUCCCGCCUAUGGAACAGGAUCCAGAGGCCCCUCAUGAUUGCUUUGAACAAAUGAAGAUGGAAACUACCCACUUACCAACCGUACAUGAAGUAGCCCUACCAAACCCAGACCAGACAUUGUUUGUAGACGGUUCUAGAUUUGCUGAUGAACAAGGGCAAUAUCACACUGGAUAUGCAGUUACCACAAAAUGCCAAAUAUUGCAAGCAGCCGCACUUCCAUUAACCAAGUCAGCACAAGAAGCUGAAUUAAUAGCUCUCACAGUGGCCUGCAAAUUAUCCGAGGGCCUCCGUGUUAAUAUCUAUACGGAUUCAAGAUAUGCUUUGGGAGUAGCACAUGACUUUGGCCUAAUUUGGAAAACCCGAGGAUUCCUCACAGCUGCUGGAACCCCAGUGAAACAUGGCCUAGCCAUCAAAGUACUAAUGGACGCCUUGAUACUACCAGCGGAGGUAGCAGUGCUUAAAGUAAAGGCCCAUGGAAGACAACUCAGAAGAAGCACAAGGCAAUCAUCUAGCAGACCAAGCUGCCAAGGAUGCAGCACGACAAGGGUGGGAAGUGGGCAGAAGAGUGGCUACUGAAACAAUACCUGUCUAUACUAUGCAAACACUGCCUACAGAUCUCAACCUUCUGAAGGAACAGCAAGCUGCUGCAACUCCCCAGGAAAAGCAGAGAUGGAAGAGCAGGGGAGCCAUCCUUCAGGAUGAUGUUUACACCCUUAAUCUUAAAUUUUGUCUACCCAAAAACAUGUACCCAGCGGUUGUCCAAUGGGCUCAUGGACCAGCUCACCUGUCAAAGCACCUGAUGAACUCUCUGAUUGAUAAAUAUUUUGAAGCACCAGGUAUCACUACCUUGACACAGAAUUAUUGUAAAUCCUGUGCAAUCUGUGCCAAAUGCAACCCUGGAAAGAUUGUCAAGACUGCACCCAACCAUUGGCCAAACCACAAUAUCCCUUCCAGAGAAUACAGAUUGACCACAUCCAGAUGCCAAAGAGUGGGCGCUACGAAUAUGCACUAGUUAUUGUGGACAUGUUUUCAGGAUGGCCGGAGGCUUUUUCAGUGGCUAAUCUUACCGCCAAGACAACAGCCAAAUAUCUUCUAACAGAGAUUGUCUGCAGAUACGGCGUUCCAGAAGUAAUUGAAAGCGAUCAAGGAACCUCUUUUACUGCCUCAUUAACUCGGGAAGUCUGGACAGCACUGGGGGUGACCCUUGCCUUCCACACACCAUAUCAUCCACAGAGUAGUGGUAAGGUAGAAUGCAUGAAUGGCACAUUAAAGGCCAGAAUGCUCAAGAUGUCUAAGGAAACUAACAUGCCCUGGCCCGAGAGUCUCCCGUUAGCACUAUUCAGUGUGAGGUAUACCCCUAGGGGAAAAUGUAAUUUAUCUCCCUAUGAGAUCCUGUUUGGCACUGCACCCAGAUUAGGUUGCUAUUUCCCCCAGCAACUUCAGAUACAGUCAGAUGCUAUGGUAGAUUAUGUUACUGCUCUUUCUCGUGCCUUGACCAAAAUCCAUGCCCAAGUGUUUUCUUCUAUUCCAGAUCCUGAGUCGAAUACAGGUACACACAAGUUGCUUCCUGGUGAUUGGGUUAUGGUCAAGAAAUUUCUCAGAAAGCACACUCUUGAGCCGAGAUUUGAUGGUCCCUACCAAGUGCUUUUAAUUACAGCUACCUCUGUCAAAUUGGCUGGGAAGAGUUCCUGGAUACACGCCUCACACUGCAAGAAAGUGCCUGCUCCAGGAGAAACCACCCUCUCUGAACCAUGAAUUUGUUGUGUCUCUUGUGUUUCUUUAUGCUGCUAAAACUUGCAUGGGCCCAACGGGUGGCCAUAACCAAAGAUAACAAUGUUUACACUUUCUGGUACAAUUCUUCAUGUACAGAUGUAGCCACAUUCACCUUUGAUUAUUGUGAUAUUGUUACUUGCACCUUCCCCCAAACACAGUAUGCAUCCAUAUACAAGGACAUACCCAGUAAAAAAGAUCCAUAUAUUUGUGUGACGGGGGGAUCUUGGGGACAUCAUUGUGGUUCAUGGAAAGCAGCCGGGUGGAACACGGGCAGACCAUGGGGAUAAAGACCACAGAGUGCCCUUGACAGACUUGACCAAGACGGGAAACCCUUACUCUCUAGAAUGACUUUAACCAAACCUACUGGGUCAACCCUUAUCAAACUCACACUAAACAUAGAGCAUCCCAGUCCUGGGGAUGCAGGUGAAUAUGUGAUGGGCAUGUAUUGGAGAGGGGGAGGCACACACAACAAGCUGGGGACAUUCUACUUACAAGAUAUGUUUAACUCAUCUGACUGGGUAGGCACCACACAUAUGACUAUCAAUCCACUCAAACCCCACAUUAAAACUUUACAUGAUAUGGUUGCUAUCGCUAACCCUACCUUUGAGGACACCAUGGCAGUCGAGACAGGGUUUUCAGAUACUAAUUUAUGGUUGGAAUGGAUGAGAUACAAUGCUAAUUCACAUAAUAAGACUAACUGCUAUGUGUGCGGGGGAGCUAGGCCUCACCUAGGCACAGUACCUUUAAAUUUACCUCCCGAAGUUGAGACAUGUGUUUUGAGUCUCUAUGCACAAUCCACUACGAACACUUCCAUGUGUGAGUCAUGGAAAAAGGUCUAUCCUGUUAUUCAAGGACAUGUUAAGCCACCUGAUGGGGUCACUGUGUAUCCAGGUAAUUACACUUGUUAUUCAAUAUCUAAGAACACAGGGUCGUAUAUGGGAAAAUUUCCAUCGGGUUAUUGCUCCACCUAUCACACCCCACCCGUAGCAUUAUUAAUGAACCAUGUAAAGACAGUUGGAGACAUAUACUGGCUGUGUGGCGAUAAGCAAUUAAGAUCCCAGCUAGUGGGACUGUGGUGGGGUGAAUGUACACUAACAAAAGCCAUAAUGCCCAUUCACAUUAUCCCUGAUGGCCAUCAUGAUGAGUCAGACCAUACACAUACAAGCCAUAGAACUAAAAGGGAGGCCCCAAUCCGUGGUAGUUUCAACCCACAUGUUUACAUAGAUGCCAUAGGUGUGCCAAGGGGGGUGCCUAAUGAAUUUAAAGCAAGAGAUGAAGUAACAGCUGGGUUUGAAUCCUUAAUUCCAAUUAUCACGGCCAACAAGAAUGUCAAUUGGAUUAACUAUAUCUAUUACAAUCAACAGCGAUUUGUUAAUUACACCAGGGAUGCCCUACAGGGCCUGGCAGAGCAAUUGCAAGCCACCACACAAAUGACAUUCCAAAAUAGAAUGGCCCUGGACAUGAUAUUAGCAGAAAAGGGGGGUGUCUGCAAAAUUCUCCCCGAAACCAUGACAUGUUGCACAUUCAUUCCAGACAAUACUGGGCCCAAUGGCUAUAGAGAAACUGGAUAGUCUCUCAGAUGAAUUAAAGAAGAAUUCAGGAGUCAUGGAUACUUGGGACAGGUGGUUUGGAUGGAUGAAUGGUUGGCAGAGAACUUUAUUUCAGGUUGGAACUGCAGUCCUUAUAGUACUUAUUUUCUUCCUGUUCUUAAUCUGUUGUGUGUUCCCUUGCAUACAAAGGUACCUACAGAAAGCAGUGGGUAAGACUAUAGAUGACGCAACUCCUACCUUCCUACAUCAGGAUGUUACGGAACUAGACUAUGACCCACCACACACACCCCUUCAACCUCACCAAUUCAAACAGGCAACUGCACUCCUGUAGGGAUAGCAUAGGGAAAGCGUCUGUCUCUACGGGCAAGUCUCACGUGUGGAGAUGUGGUGGACUAGCCGCUGCGGGUUACCCACGGAGUGAAGAGUUCGAUGCUCGUUAAGACAGAUGAGCUGCAGGCAGCUAGGGAUGAGUAAGGGACAGCUGCAGUUGUUAUGGUAAAUAGCCAUUUUAAGGGGGGACUGUUGUGGAAAUAAAAUAUGAAUAUAUACAUAUAUAACUUUGUAGUUAGUAAAAUGUCUAUUUACCCGUUGCACUGAAAUCAGUAGAUAAGCUAUUCACGCAUAUUUAGACAAAAUGGCUGCUAGAAGUUUCUAACCCCUCCCUCCUUAUAACCUCGACUAACUACCUCGUGUAACAAGAUGGCGCUGAAAUCUGGGGGAGACCCUCAUGGUCUCAGUGACAUCACCUCUAGUAGGCAGAGCACUAAGAUAACUACUUAACACCUAACCAAUUGAUACCGUAUUAUUCCAUGUUAUCUCUGACAAUGCAUAUGAUGUAAUUUUGCUUUAUAAGGGACAUGCCGUCCCCUCAGAAUAAACAUUCCUAAAGUUAUUCAACUACCUGAACUUGUGUCUGGUGUGAAUUACUUCAGGGAGCGUGCACGCACUGUUUCAUUAAUUUGGUCAGGGGCAGAUACACAAAGAAUAAUCAAUCGAUUUGAGUUGAUUUCCACUUCACCUACUCUUUUGCCCUUCCUGCUAAUCUUCGUAUUCCAAAUACCUUCAAGUCUCCUUGCUUUGGUUUCUAAUGGGUACACUACUCCAUCGGUUCUUUCUCCUCCUUUGGUUGUUGCCGGUUAGAAGAAGUACAAAGUCUGUUCUAUUGUUGAUUCCAGGUUGUCCCGUGGUUCUCUUCAAUAUUUAGUUGACUGGAAGGGUUACGGGCCAGACGAUAGGUCUUGGGUUUCUGCAGCCAUUCUAAGGACCGGUAUCCGUUGUGUUUUGUGUUAACAUAGUUUUGCGUGUUGGGGCAUACAGUAGUGGUGACAAUAUGUUGGAGUAUGCAUAUGUGUCAGUGUCAUUAUGAAUUUUUGUGUAUGUGUCAGUGUAUUUAUAUGUUUUUAUGUGUUAAUGUUCAUGUAUAUCUGUGUUAGUAUGUAUGUGGCAGUGUAUGGGCAUAUGCCCAAACAAUCAAACACCAGCACAACAUACAUACACAUUCCUGCAAGCUAACAAAAAUAUUACAUACAUACACAGCCCUGCCAUCAAACUCCAAAGUUAUAUACAAACACACCCUUCACUCAAACACCAAUACUACACACAUUACAUACAAACACACACACCCCUGUAUUAAAUCACUUAAUUUAUAUACAAGCACCACUGCAAUCAAACACCAACACUAUACAUUAUAUAUAUAUAUAUAUAUAUAUAUACACACACACACACAUACACACACAGUAUAUGCUGCAGUGCUGUACAGAUAUACAACUUAAAACUUUGUUUUUACUUGGGGCACCUUGGAAAAAAAAAUUGAAAUAUAAUAAGCUGGAAACUUUUUCUUGAAGAAUUUUAAUUGUGUGUACCCUUGUCUACGCAGCUGGUCGCUAAUACUUUCUAUGGGCAGUCUGAGGGAUCACGAUAAGCACUAGCAGAGAGGCCUAUCUGUGUAACUACUAAUACUACAUUAUCACGCAGCAAUACUGUAAUGUUAUAAGCUAUAACCUGUAAGCUCGUUUGAGCAGGGUCCUCUUCAACCUAUCGUUCCUGUAAGUUUUCUUGUAAAUUGUCCUAUUUUUAGUGAAAUCCCCUCUCUCAUAAUAUUGUAAAGCGCUACGGAAUCUGUUGGCGCUAUAUUAAUGGCGAUGAUAAUAAUAAUAAUAAUAACCAAGAGAGACGGGCUGAGCUGUACCAACAUGAAAAUAGAAACUAUUUGCACAAAUUUUCAGCACACAAUUUUGGAUGGGGGGAAAAAAAUGUUUGCACAAGAGAAUAUUUCUGCACUAAAAUAAAAACUAGAGGUGCCAUUGUGUGUGACAGGAGUCUGCUGCAAUACCAGCUCCAUGCCCCCUCCAUCAGCCAUGGCUGCCAGCCUUACCUUCCACUGUCUCUCCCCAUUCAGCUCAAUGACAAGGCAUGGGGAGCAAUGAAUACAGAAAACACCCCAAACCCGGGAGGCAGAGCUCACCUUGGCCCUCUGGUAACGGUACUCCCGCCAGCACGAGCACUGCCGUCAGUUGGCAGCCGCCUGGUAAUAAAUGGCCCCAGCAUUCUGUGCUGCCAACUGACUGGAGUCCUCGCGCGCACAGCUUUGCGCUCUUCGCCUUCCCUAUACACGCACACAACACAGGCUAGCUUAGCUACGCCCACAGACACCGAGCCGCGUUUCCGCGUGUAUUGUCCCUGCCGAGGAUCCGUAGUGGUUCUGUCCUGGACUCCUGCUUCUCCCACGUGUUGAAGCCGGAUGCAGAGUGCUCGCAGGACAGAGCCACGCUGAGGAUACAGUGUCUGCCCAGGUCAGAGCAGCCGUGCUACUAUUUAUAUAGUGUACUUUAUCCACGCUGUGCACGGUGACAGCCUUCAGCAAUAUAUUGUAACCAUGUGCUCAGAGCCUGCAAUGUGGCUGUUUAACUCUGAACCGUGCCUGCCCCCCUUAGCUGCUUGGUAGAAACAUUUAAAUCUAGCAUGCCUUAUAAUUGGAGGCAUGUUAUCGUUAUCUGUAAGUAUAUGUUAAUUGUAUCAAGAAAACAGUAUCAUCAAUUCUUCUACAGUAACUUUGACGUGAGAUAUUUGUUACUGAGCAUCGUUUUCAUGUAGGUAGUUGAAGGGGUGAUGGUUUAAUUACCUGCAAGGAAGUGUGAAGUACAGCAUAUGCCUGUGUUUUAACAUUUAGUUAAUGUUUUCUCUACCUCUGUUGCAGUCACCCUUUAUCUUAUGGCUGCUGCACCUAUUAAAGAUGGUUUGUCUCAGCCCCCUGAUACUAAAGAGACAAGAAAGGCAUGUGCCCUCCAAGAGGAGCCUGGGGCUGUGGAGGAAAAUGGACACACUGCCAAAAGAUUUAAACCUGACCAUGAGGAACAGAACAAAAAAACGCCGAAAAGAAAGGUGGUCCUACUAAUGGCUUAUUCAGGGAAAGGUUAUCAUGGAAUGCAGGUAAGAGUUCUGUGUUUUGGGGUAUAAUACUACUACGCUUUGGAAAUUCAGGAACUAUACAGAUAAGAAAGGAAAGCAGAAUAAUAAGUUAUAGUGAAAGGAUAAAUCUGUAUUUAUACAGCUAUUCUCUGCUUGUUAAACAUGUUUUAUGCGGCAUUCACACACAAUGCAAAUCCCCACCUUUCCAGACAAGCUGUUUUAUUGUGAAGCUACCAUCAUCUUAAACACCUCCACAGAGGUAAUGCUAUGUAAUUGCUGCCAAGUACUUAAAUAUAUGCUCCAUAAACUUCUGCUAUGCCCGGGUUUAUGAGUAUGCUCCUCUUCUGCUCAAGACAGAGCUCACUUUGGAUGCUGUAAAGCCUGGAUAGCUGCAAAGUUAUGUACUUUAAAAUUUGAGAUUUUUAUUUUCAUUGCCUUAAAUGACCACUCUAGGCACCCAGCCCACUUCAGCUUAAUGAAGUGGUCUGGGUGCCAGGUCCCUCUAGGACUAACCCCCCCCUUUUUUUUUUUUAAAUAAAAAUAGCUUCAGAGAAACUAUGUUUAUAAUAGGGUUAAUCCAGCCUCCAAAUCCUCUAGUGGCUGUCUCAUUGACAGCCGCUAGAGGCGUUUGCGUGAUUCUCACUGUGAAAAUCACAGUGAGAAGACGCCAGCGUCCAUAGGAAAGCAUUGUGAAUGCUUUCCUAUGAGACCGGCUGAAUGCACGUGCAGCUCUUGCCGCGCGUGCGCAUUCAGACAAAAUGGAGGAUCGGAGGCGGAGAGGCGAGCUCCCCGCCUGGCGCUGCAGAAAAGGUAAGAUUUAACCCUUCCCUCUCCCCAGAGCCGGGCGGGAGGGGUCCCUGAGGGUAGGGGCACCCUCAAGGCACUAUAGUGCCAGGAAAACGAGUAUGUUUUCCUGGCACUUUAGUGGUCCUUUAAAGAUGCAUUCUGAGUACCAGAGCAACAGUCCCUGUCUCUGCAGUCUUGCAAUGUAAAACCAAGAAAUGGCUAGUUUCCUUAGAAAGUUCCUUUUAGAUUUAGAACAUACCCAGUGGAGCAGUUCGAUUUUUGUCUUGUAUAGUGCAAUGUGUGUUCAUAGUCAAAGUAUUCUGUUCAAUCUCCUUGUAUCGCACUGAUUUGAACUACAAACACAGCCCUAUUCUGAUGGUUAUACUGUGCCCUUCAGAGAAAUGUGGGAUCCUCCCAGUUCAAAACAAUUGAAGAUGAACUAGUCCAGGCACUUGUAGGGGCUGGCUGUAUCCCAGAGAAUCAUGCUGAAGAAAUGAAAAAGAUGUCUUUUCAGCGGUGUGCUCGCACAGACAAGGUAAUCAAUCUUUAAACUGUAUAUACUUGGACAUUUAAUGGCAAGGCUUCAAUGGACACUCAAAGCACUAUAGCAGGUGUAGGCAACCUUCAGCAAUCCAUAUGUUGUAGACUACAUCUCUGUUGCUUUAUCAGUAUGGUUGUAAGAGAAUUAUGGGAGAUGUAGUCCAGAACAUCUGGAGAGCCAAAGGUUGCCUACCCCUGCACUAUAGCAAUCUAUGCUCAUUGCAUAGUAGAGCAGCUUCUUGUAUCCAUGCACCUGCAGUGAUUUCCAUGGUAGAGGGGAAAUGUUACUUCUUCUAUGCUCUCCCAUGCCUGGAUGGCACAUGCUGUACAAGUCCUUGCAUCCCUGUAGCAGCAGCUUUUUUAUAUUAAAAAUAAAAUAAAAAAAUAUAUAUACACUUCUGAGCUAUAUUAUGAUUUCUGCCUUGUACAAUGCAUUGUUUAUCAGUAGAUCUCAAUGGGCAGUAACACUAAUUAAUAUAUAUAUAUAUAUAUAUAUAUAUAUAUAUAUAUAUAUAUAUAUAUAUAUUAAUUAAUUAGUAUUUUAAUGAUAUUCACACAAACCAGAAUACAUGUUUUGUCAUUCCUUCUAGCACCCCUCAUGUCCUAAUUGUCAUUGUCAGAAUGUGAUAUCCAUGUAGUGUUACUGCCCAUUGAGAUCUACUGAUAAACAAUGCAUUGUACAAGGCAGAAAUCAGAAUAUAGCUCAGAAGUGUGGAUUUCCCCCCUUCCGCCCCCCAGUGUAAUAUAUUGCAAAAAAAAACACAGAAACCUUCCAUCUCACAAACCCUGACCCUAGUAAAUCUGGCGCGAUGAAAAUAUUCACUUAUAAUAAGUGAAUUGACUACAGGUUAGAGAUAAGUAUUUCAACCAUCCACAUAUCUCAAGUAUACUUUUCUGAAUAGCGAAUUCUAAAGGCAAGUGUUUCUCACUGGAUUGUAAUAUCUCUCUCAGGGUGUUUCGGCUGCAGGGCAAGUGGUGUCAUUAAAGAUCUGGUUGAUAGACAACGUAGUAGAAAAGAUUAAUGAACACCUUCCAUCACACAUCAGGAUUUUGGGUAAUUGUAUAUUUAUGCAUGAUUCUCUUUUGUUUUAUAGAGGUACUAUUCUGUUUAUCUAUGAGAACUACACUUCACAUAAAAAAAUAUCAGAGCUGAACCGUAACCUAGCAUAUUGCUUGCACUUGACCACACGUAUGUAUUAGUUCAUAUUGUUAUCUCUAGAUGUAUCCGUUCUAGGUUCCAUAAACAACAGGUCUGAGCUGACUCCUAAAUGCUACACAAAUUUGUACCAUCCUGAAAUAGACAUUGACAUUUGUAAAAUAUAAUAAUAAUAAUUUAAAGGCUGUUUACAGUCCAUUUAAGGGGACAGUCUAAAAACCAUGUCUACUACAGUUUAUUAUAAUGUUCAUGGUGCUAGCGAUAUGUGCUUUUUAAAUCCUCAUAUAUUUGGAAGAUAUUUAUUAUUAUUAUUAUUAUUCAUUGACUAUUGUCAUUCAGCCUAUUAGAAUAUUUAUUUAAAAAAUAAUUUUUAUAAAAAAUAUCAAAAAAAAAGAAUAAACUUUUUUAAUAUCAAAAUCGAUAUUUUGGCACACUGUCCCCUUGAUUGGUUUAAAGCUAAGAGUUACUAUUUUAACUCUAGUCCCUGGAGCACGUUUGUUAGCUAUUUAUAUUGCACACAUUAAUCACAACCAAUUUAUAAAAAUAUAAUUUAUUGUGACAAAUAAUAUGUAACAUGCAUGAUAAUCGGUGAAUAUUUAGUAUAACAAUAGGCAUAAAAUAUGGCAACCAUGACCACAACAGAGAUAAUUUCUAGAUCACUUAUCUUAUAGUGAUGGGUUAGCAGUCCACUCAGAAAUUAUCUACCAGUCGGGGUCAGUAUUCUUGGCAGGUAACAGUACAGAUUUUCAAUACUCGUGAAUAAUCAAUUGGCUAUUAGUAACAAUAUUCCAUCACAUAUCAAUUCAUUUCUAAAAGAAUUAUUCUAUUUCUAUCUUGUCUAGAACUUAAUUGACAUAUCAUCAAUACAGAUCAGAAAAACGACUGCAGAACAAAGCCAUUAACUGAUAGCAGUUCAGAUAAAAUUAAGUUACGUUCACUGCUUCCUGAAUUCUCACACAGUAAACACUUUAACCAUUAUAAACAAAAUACAAUGUUUCAUCUUACGCAGAUAGUCAAAUUAACUAUUCUUUACCAUCCAAUAACCAUAAGAAAAUAUGGUCUAAGUCUUUACUAGAGUUAUUUAACACUAAUUACAACUCAUUGCAAUCUCUUGGUAUCUGAUACAAUAUUAAAACUUAUCCCUGAAUUACUAUGUGUCUAAUAUCUCUGGCUAAUAGCUUGAUGUGCUAAACUUGGCAAAUUACCAGCAAAUCAGUAUAAUUCCUUUAAUUUCAGCUGCAGUCUGAAAUCCUGAAUUAUAUCAUUCCCUUUUAGCGAAUUAUGAUUCCAAAAUUUUGAAAUCUGAUCAGCAUUAUCCAGGUAUAUUUUUGUUUUUAGUAAAAAUUAAGUUAAACCCAUAUAUAAUUACCAAUCUUGUAGAAUACCUGUUGCUGUUCCGGAUGAAAUAAUAAUCCAAUGAAUGUGAGCUAAGAGUCUUUAAAGAUAGAAUAUAGUAUGAGAAUAGCAAAUUUAGAGCAGUUAUGCAAAAAAAAAAAAAAGAAAUCCAGAAUUAGUCUGGCUAACAAAGGAAUUCACGAUGGAAAAGAUAGGUGUGCCUUCAAAAGUGUUGAGUAUCUAUUCGCAAGAGUGUAUGUAUAUCUUUGAUUUUUGUUUUCCUUUUCAACAAGUGUGUUUUUACUUUUUAAGGAAUUCUCUCAUCUCUAUUUUGCACAUCAACCUUUUAAAGUGAUUAAUGGAAUCAGAUGGGUGUAAACAUCCUAGUGGUCAGUUGUAUCGAUAAUAACCAAUAGAUGGCGUAGUUAUUUCAUUAUUUUUAUUGCUGGUAAGGAGUAUGUCUUAUGGGCAAUUCUUAUCUGAUUCUGGAUUACAGGUUUACUAACCAUCCAUUGUGUUAGACUACUUGUUGCUGAUAAUGUCUUAAAGGGAUCUUAUAGUGCCAGGAAAAAAAAAAACGUUUUCAUGGCACAAUAGGCUACUGGAGGGCCCCCUCCUUUGGGGCUCAAGGGUUUAAAACCCCUUUAGCCACUUACCUGAAUCCAGCACAGAUGUCCCUCGGUACUGGGUCAGGGUCCGCCAACACUCCUCCCCCGCCGACGUCAGCCAGUGGGGGAGGCCUAAUGCGCAUUAUUCAAUGCUUUCCGAUGGGGAAAAUCUGACUGAAGGUCCGUGAGAUAACAGACCAAAAGUCUGUUUGGAUUCCGGAAGCCGUCUAGUGAUAUACAGCCAUAGAGGGCAGACUUAGAGCUCCAAUGUAAACAUCGUGGUUCUCUGUAACUGUAAUGUUUUACAUUGCAGCACGAAGUGCAAAAGGGUCACAUCACCCAGACUACUUGAAUUAGCUGAAGUGGUCUGGGUGCCUACAGUGUCCCUUUAACAUAUGUUUAUAUAUUUAAUACACACAAAGUUAGUGUUAGAAUUUAAUGAUAAUGAAAUCUUUUCAAAUUAGUAUUUUAAAUAUAUAAGAAAAUUUAAAGAGGAGUAUUAUUAUAAUAUAUAACUAAACUUAAUUAUAUUGUAAGCUUGGGCUUUUUCUCAAACCCCUCCACCCAUCCUCCUUUCUAAUACUUUAAUUUUUAUGUAUAGACACAAAAGGAAAUGAGAGUCGGCUGUACAUAAUCUAAAACAGGAACAAAAAAGAACACAUAGUGUGAUACAGUAAAACAAAUGUUAGUGUGCUAAGAUGGUAAUGCACUCACAAGAUCAGAAUGAAUAGUGCGCCAAAAGUGUGCCUGCCCCGGUAAACUUGGGCGGCUGAACGCCUCCACUCUCCACUGGAAAUCCAAGCGGACCAAAUUAGGAAUGAGACUCCGAUGGGUUUGGAUAAAAUAAUUAUGCAAAUUUAUUGUAAAUAAAGGGCCAUAUACAUUAGCCACAUAAAUAAAAUAGAGGAAAGGUCCUACGCGUUUCGUUCCUAUAAACAGGAACUUCCUCAGGGACCAAAAACAAAUAAUGUAAUAAAAACAAUCAAUACAAAAAAUGCAUACAAUAUUUCCCCCCCCCGAGUCUCUAUAAAUAGGACUAAGUCCUCAGUUCAUUGGUGGAUCCAGUGGGAGUUACCGAUGAUUCAAUGAUCCUAUUCAGGUGUAGAAUGUCUGAUGAUCCUGUGCAGCUGUGGAGUAGAUGUUUCGGCGGUCUUUCUUGGCGCAAAACGAUGAAACCGGAAACCGGAAAUGAAAGUCCGGUAUUACUUCCGCGUUCCAUUGACAUAUGCGUUCCAACUGAAUCAUAAUGAACAAUUUGCACAUAUCGCCACCUUGAGGUUGCCUGAUGUAUAGCAAUUCUAAUCUAAAUUUAACAAGGACAUAUAUAACAGUAGAUCUCCUAGUGGGAAAAGAAAUAUAAAUAGAUUGCAGGACUAAACAUACAGGAAAAUAUAAUAAAUAAGUGAACAAAUAAAUGAACAAACAUAAAAUGCUUUUCCCACAAUAUUAUUUCCCUCUCAUAUCAUUUUUAUAUUUAAAGUAAAAAAUGUAUUUAAAUACAUAAACCUUCCCUUGAACCUACUUUUUAUUUCAAUAGAUCAUUGUGGAAAUAGAUAUAAUCCAUACAUAAAUCCAAUAUUGUGCUUUCUAUAACGUGAUAAUUAGUGUUGCAUUCUAUAAACCCAUUAGAUGGAUUGCCAUACGACUCUCCAAAUUAUUAUAUGAAGUGUAUAUUUCACAAUAAUAAAAAUAAUAAUUCUAAUUUGUGUGUUGUAAUUAGUAAGUAUCCAUCAAUCAAAUGGGAUACCAUACAAUUCAAUCUUUAUCUAUUAGAAGUCUCUUCUUACUAACACCCUAUCAUGAAUAUAUAUAUAUAUAUAUUUUUUUAUAUUUGAUUAUUAUAAUACUUAAUUUAAUAUCUUUUGUAAUGUAAAAUAUUCCUUAAUGAUCGAAUGUUUCCAUAUAGUACUUUCUUUUAUAUAUCCUUAUUAAAGAUUGUUCCUGUAAAAUUAUGAUGAUAUAGAUAUUAUUAAUUAAUUAGUAUAUAGAUAUCCCAUAUUAUAUUACAGAAUAACGAUCAAGACCAUAUAUAUAUAUAUAUAUAUAUAUAUAUAUAUAUAUAUGUGUCUUCUGUAGCCUCUAAUAAGUGCAAAUAACAGAAAAAAAUGUGUGUGUGUGUGUGUAUAUGUGUGUGUGUGUAUAUAUAUAUAUAUGUAUAUGUGUGUGUGUGUGUGUGUAUAUGUAUAUAUGUAUGUGUGUGUAUAUAUAUAUAUAUAUAUAUAUAUAUAUAUAUAUAUAUAUAUAUAUAUAUAUAUAUAUAUAUAUAUAUAUAUAUAUAUAUAUAUAUAUAUAUAUAUAUAUAUAUAUAUAUAUAUAUAUAAAAUCCCUCUUAGGCACCGAUGUAGAACAAAAGGAAAAACUAAUCGAGGAAGCAAAUGAGGUCUAUGUCAAGGUCAAGACCUCUUGGGUGAAGGGUCUGGAGUUUAUGAAUCCAGAACGUUUCACGUUGUGCAAAUUUUUUAAGUCUAUCACCUCCCCUCCAGUAGGGCAAUACUCUUUUUUUUUUUUUUUUUCUAUUCCUACACACUUAAAAUUGGAAAAUGAGAACAAAGGACAAGUGUUACAAUGGGUGGGUACAGAGUGAGUGGUGAUCUUCUUUUUUUAUAUUGUUCAGAUGUUCCAUAAAUCGUACUUUCAAAAUCCUUUUCGUGCGCCCUACGUAUUGUUUGCCACAUGGACAUUGCAGUAAAUAAACCACAUAGUCCGUGUGGCAACCUAUAUCCAUUUUAAUAUUGAACCUCUCUCCUGUACUGAAACUGGAGAAAGAGUUAGUUCUAGAUACAAGACUGGUGGUGCAGACUUUACAUGUGCUGCAUCCUCUAAAGAAUCCCAAUGAAUUGGAAGCAGUUGGAUGUGUAGAUUUUAGGGCAUAACUCGGAGCCAGCAUGUUUUUAAAAUUUCUAUUUUUCUUAUAGAUAACUUUAGGUUGAUGUGAUAAUGUGGUCCCUAAAACUGGGUCCUGUAGUAGGAUCGGCCAAUAUUGUUGUAAACUUUUCUUUAUUUUAUUGUGAUCAGUAUUUAACUGUGUUAUAAAAGCUCAUGUAAAAUGUGUGUUGGAAAUUUCAAUCUGAGGUUUGUCAACCAAUAAUUGGUUCCUGUCAAUCUGUUUAACUAACCGAAUCUCUCUCUAAGGCGUUUUUCUUAUACCCUUUCUCUAUCAAUUUAUUUUUGACAUGUGUGGACUGAAUAUUAAAAUCCUGGCUAUCUGAACAAUUGCGUCUCAAGCGUGUAAAUUGGCUUUUUGCAAUGCCCCUCAGCCAGGGUUUGUGAUGACAACUACGUUGAUGGACAAACCCGUUUCCAUCAGUAGGUUUGAAAAAACACUUGGUUCUAAUAUCUCCUUUGUCAAUGAACAGGGUCAAAUCCAAAAAAUUGAUUUCAUCCUUAUUCCAGACCGGGGAGAGAACCAGAUUAUAAAGAUUGCAAUUUAGAAAAUUGACAAAAUCCUGAAACAAAGAAAAAGAACCCCUCCAAAUGAUAUCAUCUAUGUAACGCCGCCAGAGCACCAGGUUCUCCCUCCAGUCAUGACCAGACCAAACAAAAAGAUCCUCCCAACGUCUCAUGUAGGUAUUCGCAUAACUGGGGGCGAACCUGGUGCCCAUGGCUGUCCCCGUGGUCUGUAAAUAAAAUUCACCAUUGAAAUAAAAAUAAUUGUGUUUCAAAAUAAAAUUAACUGAAGUUAGGAGAAAUUGUUUAAGAUUUGAUGCCAGAUUCCUGUCUUGUGUCAUGAAGUGAUUUAAUGCUUCCACCCCCAAUUCAUGGUUGAUAACCGUGUAGAGAGAUGUAACAUCUAGCGUGGCCCAACUAUACUCCGCAUGCCACUCAAUGCACUCUAAUUCCUGCAGAAAAGAAACAUCUACUCCACAGCUGCACAGGAUCAUCGGACAUUCUACACCUGAAUAGGAUCAUUGAAUCAUCGGUAACUCCCACUGGAUCCACCAAUGAACUGAGGACUUAGUCCUAUUUAUAGAGACUUUUUGUAUUGAUUGUUUUUAUUACAUUAUUUGUUUUUGGUCCCUGAGGAAGUUCCUGUUUAUAGGAACGAAACGCGUAGGACCUUUCCUCUAUUUUAUUUAUGUGGCUAAUGUAUAUGGCCCUUUAUUUACAAUAAAUUUGCAUAAUUAUUUUAUCCAAACCCAUCGGAGUCUCAUUCCUAAUUUGGUCCGCUUGGAUUUCCAGUGGAGAGUGGAGGCGUUCAGCCGCCCAAGUUUACCGGGGCAGGCACAUUUUUGGCGCACUAUUCAUUCUGAUCUUGUGAGUGCAUUACCAUCUUAGCACACUAACAUUUUGUUUUACUGUAUCACACUAUGUGUUCUUUUUUGUUCCUGUUUUAGAUUAUGUACAGCCGAAUCUCAUUUCCUUUUGUGUCUAUAUAUGUAUAUAUGUGUUGUAAAAGGUCGGGAACUGGGCCACGACCUUGAGAGGCUGUUUGAUCGAAUACUUCAGAUAAGUAUAUCUGGAUACUAGUACGGUUUUUUCACGUCAAUAGUGUUUGAGAUACUAUAUACAUAUAUACAUUCAUAUAUUGUUGUUGGGUUUUUUUUUUGUUUAAUUUUUAUGUGCAGUGUAGGGUUGUAAAAGAUGGAGAUCGUUAUCUUAUCCACAUUCCAAGGCUUUUACGAUAUGUACUGCAAAUAAGAGACACAAUUCUUGUCUCUUUUCACUAAAUAAAUAGUGUUUAAGAGAGAAAAAAAAGUCUGUCUGUCUUUCUGUUACUAGCAAGCAAAAUAUAUUCACAUUUGCUGAACCGUGACUUGUCAUAUAUUGAUUUUACCCACAAGAUGUGUGACAAGCUAUGCAAAUAUUUGUACAAUAUAUAUACCCCCAACUUGCUUACACCAUUUAAGUUGGUUUCCUUUACUUACAGGAGCUGUUCUGCAUGCAUUCAUGUCAGAGCUCAUACAAUUAAUGGAAAUUUACUUUAGGGGGCAUGAGACUGCCUCAUGUCCAAUUAUAAUAGGGUGAACAGGAAUGGAGGAUGUAGUCUGGGUACUAGAGGGAAAAACAUCAUCUUAUGAGGACUUAAAAGAUAAAGCAGUUGGGACAGGUUUCUAACACUAUAAGAAUUGUAACAAGCUUUAUUUUAUUUAUUUUUUUUGCAUUUCUUUGAUCCAGCAAAUCUAAAACACACUAAAUAACACAAAAACCUAUAUGCUGUUUUUGGUUUUAGGAUUAAAGAGGGUGACUGGACGUUUCAACUCAAAGAACUCAUGUGACGCUCGCACUUAUUCAUACACUCUGCCAACCUUUGCCUUCUUGCUCAAGGACCAUGAAACACAAGAAGAGAGCUUUCGGCUGAGCCAGGAAACACUGGGCAGGGUUAAUGAGCUGCUUGCCCUUUACAAGGGCACCCACAAUUUCCACAACUUUACCUCUCAGAAGGGACCAUGGGACCCCAGCGCGAAACGUUACAUCAUGGAGAUGCAUUGUGAGCCACCUUUCCAGCAAGGUGGUUUAGAGCUUGCUGUAAUUAAGGUGAAAGGACAGAGCUUCAUGAUGCAUCAAAUUCGCAAGAUGAUUGGUUUGGUUAUUGCAGUGGUAAAAGGCUACGCUCCCAUGUCAGUCAUUGAGCGUAGCUGGGGAGAAGAAAAAGUAGACAUUCCAAAAGCACCUGGUUUAGGUCUUGUAUUGGAAAGGGUUCACUUUGAGAAGUACAAUAGACGUUUUGGUAAUGAUGGACUCCAUGAAUCCUUGGAUUGGGCAGAGGAAGAAUCUAAAAUUGAGUCAUUUAAGAAAGAGCAUAUUUACCCCACCAUCAUACAAACAGAAAUACAGGAAAAAUCCAUGUCCACUUGGCUUACCACAUUGCCCAUACAUGACUAUGAUGCGUCAUCAACGCAGAACACAGGCAACCACAAGGUAAUGUUAAUCUUUGUUUCCCAAAAUGUAGCUUUUAGUAUAUUAGUUUGACAACAUAUAACAAUUGGUUCAUUCCUUCUGUGUUUCUGCUCUGGUGCUCAUAGAGUUCUGUAAUAUCUUGGGUGGUACCAUUUGGGAACCCCUGAUAGAUACUGUAUUGAAAGCCUGCAUUAGUGCUUAUGAUGCAAGGAGUACCCUUGCGCCAUUCCGGGUAAAUAAUAUUGCAUCGGUCUACACUCCUACCUGGGUCCCGCCAGGCAUGGUGGAUCCGGUUUUGCCAGGUGAUGCACAUCCAGCUUUUGCACAGCUGCAGAAGCAGAAUAAUGAUACAGUUGGCCAUUGAUUGGCCAGCUGAUAUCCACAAAAUUGACAUUAGCCAGGCAGAAGCUUUUGUUUUCAGGCUGGCGAAUGAUGCUGCCGGAGGUGGAAUUACACCUACAACAGCAAAGCAGUAAACUUUGUAUGUGCAGUAUUUAGUAGAAAAAUGUUGUACAUACAGACAUAAAGCAACAUAACCACUUCACAAAACUGAACUGGCUAUGAUGCUUGAAGGCACACUCCUUCAGAAGAGUGGAAAGGCAGGCACUCUCUAGCCUAGGUAAGCAAAAAACUCUCUAGCCUAGGCAAACCUGUUAAACUUGUGAAGCCGAUUUGUGGCUGAGUUGAGCAGAAUCUGCCUGCUUCCCUUGCUCCAGGCUCUUCCUUCUGCCCAGAGGUGGAACUAAUGAACAAAAAGCUGUUUUUCUAACAGGCGCAGUCAUACAGGCACACAGUCAGAUUUUUAAACAGCUGCAAGUUGAUGUGGCAAACUAUGGUCACUUUGUACCUGCUGUGGCAAGCAUGCCAUACGUUCUCCAUCACUGGUAUAGGGGAUGUAAUGAGUAUGUGUGCAGGUGAUAAAGUGUGUGUGUUUAUGGAAUCCAUUGUGUUUGUUUGUGAAUUUGGGGGGUGGGUUGAAUGGAUAUGUAUAUAAUUUUUUUUUUUUUUUUUUUAAUUACCCAAUAGUUUCCCCUCCUUUUUUGCUUCUCACCUCUAGCCAGGGAGAGGGGACAUAACAAUACCAGGUGGUACUUGGUGACUGUAGUCUACACCACCUCUGCCGAGUGCAGACAUCUCUUAUGUUGGAACAUUUCCAUGAUAACCCAUGGCAAUGAUCGAAUAGGCCUGGGCUCUUAAAAGGAUUACUCUAUCUGCACCCAGCAGACUGAGAGUCUUUUACGCUUCCUCCUCUAACAAAAUAAGCCUUCACGGAGUGCCCUAUCACUGCUACUGAUGUGCUAUCUACCAGUCAACUGUCUGAGAGCAACUGGUAAACCUGUCGACCAUUUGACCACUCAGACUUUAGGGAGCCUGCAAAUUAUGGUAAAUAUUUAGUUCUCUACACUCCUGCAGGGGAAGCUUAAUGUUUGUGGCAAAGGUGGGUUAACUUGCUUGUGGCUGCUUUACACUGACUUAGUGGAGUAUAAUUUUUCACAGCCAUUUUAAAGUAAAGAAUAUUGAAUUGGUGCGUAUUCAGUACUGGGUACUGUGACACCAUGCAGGGGAAUUGCUUGUCCUCCCCUGAUGAAAGAGAGCACAAACUUGGAAAAGAACAAUUUUAAACCUGUUCUAGUUAUUACUGCUGUAGGUAAGAGUUUAUUGCAACUUUUACUGCUCAAUGUUUAAACUGCAUUGUUUAUUUGAUGGUCAUUUUCACAUUUACAAGCACUUAUUGUUCUCCUUAUAAUUGGCCAUUAUAAGGAAUUGCUGAUGAAGACGCAACCUUUAAAAUGCCGGUUUCCUGUAUCUGGUUUCUGAACUGAAACGUGUUUUUAAUUAUUACAUUUUUUUCUUCUAUUUUUUUUCCUUUAGGGUGAAGCUGCAGUACAAGCUGUCAGUGAUGAAGAGGGAGGCUCUGACUAA